AUGUCGACGCGAAAAACAAGACAAAGUAAUUAUGAUGAACCUUCUUCUACUAAAAAUAAUCUAUUAAAUAAUAAUGUUGAAGAAAGAAGUAGUAGUUUCUGUAAUUCUUCUCUAAAUUCAACAUAUCCAUCAUCAUUACAAUCAACAGGCGAUCGAGUUUUAGAUAAAGCUCUAGAUACUAAAAUUUUAAAUGAUAUUCAGUCCAAUAGUUUAAAUAGUGAUGUUGUUAAUGACGAAAGUAAUGAUGUAAUUGAUGAAAGCGACGAUGGUUCCGAUGGUUGGAGAAAUUGGAUCAAAAAAAAUAGUUUUCAAAAUAUAUUAGCAAUUCUUUUGAAUCAUAGUAGAAAAAUUUUAAACAAGAGAAUUCUUAUAAAAACAUUCGCAUUCUACUUGAACAAUUCCAAAUGGUGGAUAUUUCCAGCAAUUGUAUUGUUUUUAAGUUAUUGCUAUACUUGUCAAUUUUCGCUUUCAAAUCAUCAAUGUGCAUUUUGGAUAAUCAAAACCACCGACCUUGAUUCACAAUAUAGAAACUAUAUUGUCAUUAAUGAUGAUGACGAUCACCAUCAAAAUCAGUAUGAAGUUGGUUUUGAGUACAGUGAUUCAUUGGUUAGGGCUGUAAUUGAAGAACAAGUGAAAAAUAUAUGUGCUGCUGAAGUGGAAAAACGAAUUAAACCGCCGCCGUCACAACAAGCUAAUCACGAAAUUACAACUUAUCGAAGAUACGUUGUUGAUGAUGUGAUUGCUAAUCUAAUUAGAAAUGAAAUUCAUAAAUCAGUAGAAGAGAAAUUAUAUGAUUAUUCGCAGGAUAAAUUGAAUAGAGCUGAUUAUGCUCUUUCAUCAGGUGGUGCCAAGAUCAUAAGUAUGUUGACAUCUCCAACAUAUGAAACUUGGCCUACAAAAUUGUUUCAACAAAUUAUUGCAUCAGUAACUGGUCAUGGAAUCACACGAGGUAAACCACCAAUAACAGCUAUUCAACCUGAAAUGCAUGUUGGUCAAUGUUGGCCUUUUGCUGGAGAAAAAGGUCAAUUGGCUGUAUUAUUGAGUAGAAAAAUAUUUGUUACAGCAGUAACAUAUGAGCAUGUGACUAAAAAGUUAGCUAUGGAUGUUACAAGUGCACCAAAAGAAUUUGAAGUUUGGGGUUAUAUGAAAGUUGGUGGAAAGGAUUUAAAACUUGGCUCAUCACCAAAUCAUUUAUUUUUGGGAAAUUUUGUUUAUAAUAUUAAUGGACCUUCCAUACAAACCUUUGAAGUGAAUAGUUUAGGUAUACCAAUAAGAGCUAUAGUGAUGAAAAUCAAAAGUAAUUGGAAUAAUUACGAUUAUACUUGUUUGUAUAGACUUCGUGUUCAUGGGGUACAGCCAAAGUAUCAAUCUUUUUAUACACAAAUAUAG